UACUAUCCAGUAACAAUAAUUUUUCAACGCACAGUCUAUCGGCAAAUAAUAAUUGUUGACGACGCAGUCUCUGCGGUGUGGACGCUGGGAAAUAAUAAAUGAGCAUGCUUUCGGUACCGGCCAAAACCAUCGUUAAAACUUUUUUCUCUCCAUAUCCAUUUCGAUCUCGCUCUAAUCUGCGAACUACGUUUAGGGUGACAGUGCGUGCAAUGGCGUCGUCUGAUACUUCACAGUUCCAAAAGAUUCAAAUUGAGCGUGAUGAUACGGUCUUUGAUGCUUACGUGACGGGAAGAGAAGAUGCACCUGGGAUUGUGGUGUUGCAGGAGUGGUGGGGAGUUGACUAUGAGAUUAAGAAUCAUGCAGCUAAUAUAGCUAAAAUGGAUUCUGGUUAUAAGACUCUCAUUCCUGAUUUGUAUCGUGGGAAAGUUGGUUUGGAUGCUGCAGAAGCAAAACAUUUGAUGGAUGGCCUUGAUUGGAUAGGUGCUGUUAAAGAUAUAAAGGCAUCUGCGAAGUGGUUGAAGGAAAAUGGUUCAAAAAAGGUUGGGGUGACUGGUUUUUGCAUGGGUGGCGCUUUAUCUAUUGCGAGUGCCGUGUUGGUUCCAGAAGUUGAUUGCGUUGUUGCAUUCUAUGGUGUUCCUUCUUCAGAACUAGCAGAUCCAUCAUCAGCAAAGUCACCCGUGCAGGCUCAUUUUGGAGAACAUGAUACCUUUGUUGGAUUUUCAGAUGUGACGGCAGCCAAGUCUCUUGAGGAAAAGCUUAAGGCAUCAGGAGUUCCCCAUGAGGUACAUAUUUACCCUGGCAAGGGUCAUGCAUUUAUGAAUUCUUCUCCUGAAGCUGUCAAGAGGAAAACGGAACUAGGAUUUGGUGACCAUGAUGAGGGAGCAGUUGAGUUGGCAUGGUCUCGAUUUCGUUCCUGGAUGAAAAACUAUUUGGGGAAUUGAAAACCUGCUUGUUUGGUGAAUGGCUGAAUAGUAUAAAUAGAAGCACAUUAUAGUUAAAUGGUCGGGUAGGUCUGAUUACACUAUAACUGUUGUUGUUUUUAGUUGUAAAUUCAAAUACCAUAUUAAAUGAAAUUGGAAGAAGGGAGCAUGACAUGGUUCAUUGUUAAGCUCCUACACUCCUCUUAAAUAAUGCUCCACUGUGAACAAAUGGAUUUAGGAAUGUGUCAAAGAUGAAAGUUAAAACUAAAAAAUUAAUGUAAUGCUUCGUGAAUUGGAUUUUUUGAGAA